GGCUUUUUGGCACUCCCCAGCGGGGGAUUGGUGCUGAAAGGCUUCAUUGUGUCGGGGAUUGAAUGGGGGAGUUUGCGUUUAGUCGAAGUCCGUCUGUUAUCAUCCACACAGCGCGGAUUAACUGGCCUGCCCGAGUCCGAGCCAUGCGCGUUAUCAUGCCGCAAACCUCCAGCGGUGCAUUCAUAGCGCAUGAUACAGAUAAAUGCGCCCAGCUUCAGACCUGCUGUUGAGUGAACGAUGCUCAACAGCUCCGAAAAAUGAACUGAGGGCCCGACAGAUAUGGAUUAACAAUGUAGGGAUGCUCUUGUCGAAUUCUCGCAUCUGAUACAGAGCUCUGCGGGUUUGCAUCGAUGGAGAGGGUGUCUGGUCACCUUUAAAAGCCUGCACUAUCUUUUUUGAUUGCUUUUUGCCUUUUGAUUACAUUUUGGGGCUGAAUACGUUUUCCAAAGGGUUUACCGUCGCUAGGCAUCAGACAAAACAUGGGGAACGCAGAAAGUAUGGAUGCUCAGCUCACAGAUUUCAGGGCGAGGGGCAGCAAACCCCCUAAACUGCCCAUGCCGGACCCGGCCGAACUGGAGGAGAGAUUUGCAAUCGCACUGAACUCUAUGAACCUUCCACCGGAUAAAGUGAGGCUCCUUAGACAGUAUGACAAUGAAAAAAAAUGGGAACUGAUAUGUGAUCAGGAACGAUUCCAAGUGAAAAAUCCUCCUCAUACGUACAUUCAGAAGCUCAGAAGCUUUCUGGACCCUGCUGCCACCAGGAAGAAAUUUAGAAGGCGAGUUCAAGAGUCAACACAGGUGCUCAGAGAGCUGGAGAUAUCUCUUAGAACCAAUCACAUCGGGUGGGUGAGAGAGUUUCUUAAUGAGGAUAAUAAAGGGCUUGAUGUUCUGGUGGAGUACCUGUCUUUUGCCCAGUAUGCGGUCACGUUUGAUGGAGAUGUAGCAGAGAGCACCACAGGUGAGAUUUCUGUAGAGACCCCUUGGAGCCGGUCUAUAGAAGAUCUCCAUGGCGACAGUAAUCUACCAUCACCGGUCAGCGGCAGCAGCAUACCACGAUCCACUAGGCACUCCUUAAGGUCAAGUACUUUGCCCAGUCGCAGAACUCUGAAGAAUUCACGUUUGGUGUGUAAAAAAGAUGAUGUUCAUGUUUGCAUCAUGUGUCUAAGAGCUAUUAUGAAUUACCAGUAUGGCUUCAACAUGGUUAUGUCCCAUCCCCAUGCUGUCAAUGAAAUUGCUCUGAGCCUUAACAACAAAAAUCCCAGGACCAAAGCCCUAGUUCUGGAGCUGUUGGCCGCUGUGUGUUUGGUCAGAGGAGGACACGAGAUCAUCCUUGCUGCUUUUGACCAUUUCAAAGAGGUCUGCUCAGAAUCCCAAAGGUUUGAAAAAUUGAUGGAACACUUCAAAAAUGAAGACAACAAUAUUGAUUUCAUGGUGGCAUGCAUGCAGUUCAUCAAUAUUGUGGUGCACUCAGUAGAGGACAUGAACUUCAGAGUUCAUCUCCAGUAUGACUUCACCAAGCUUGCUUUGGAUGACUAUCUGGAGAGGCUAAAGCACACUGAAAGUGAUAAACUCAAGGUGCAGAUCCAGGCUUAUUUGGAUAACCUGUUUGACGUUGGGACACUUCUAGAGGAUGCAGAGACCAAAAAUGCUGCCCUGGAACGUGUGGAGGAACUGGAGGAGAGUCUCUCACAUAUGACAGACAAACUCUUAGAAACAGAGAAUGAGGCCAUGUCUAAAAUCGUGGAACUUGAGAAGCAGUUGAUGCAGAAGAACAAAGAGUUGGAUACCGUCCGGGCUGUGUACCGGGACGCCAGUUCACAAGUUCACACGCUUCGCCGGAUAGUUCGUGAGAAGGAUGAGACCAUUCAGAGGCAGUCCACUCUGGAGAAGAAAAUCCAUGAGCUAGAGCGCCGAGGCAGUCUCCAGAUCCAGGUCAGGGGUGAGGGAGAUGGAGAAGGAGACGUGUCUCCGCUGCCGUCACCUCCUCAGCCCAUGGCUCUUUCUCCCUGCCCUGAUGCCAUGGCCCUGGCCGGAGCCUGUGCCGGUGCAGCGUACAGCUCUAGCAGCACGUCCCAGACUGGAACUCUUCGAGCAAUGGCCACACCACCUCCUCCUCCCCCUCCACCACCUCCAAUAGCAAGUUCCUCUGUUCCUAAUGGGCCAUCGGCAGCUCUUGCACCUCCACUGCCGCCGCCGCCUCCUCCACCUCCUCCACCACCUCCUCCUCCUCCCCCACCUCCACCUCCCGGACAUUCUAUUGAGAUCUCUGCUCCAUUACCCCCGCCUCCCCCUCCUUGUGCUCCUCCUCUCCCAGGAAGCGGCACGCCAACUGUCAUAUUCAACUCUGGCUUGACGGAUGGACCAAUCAAGCUCUUCUCUGUGAAAAUUAAAAAGCCAAUCAAAACCAAGUUCCGCAUGCCAGUGUUCAAUUGGGUGGCUCUGAAACCAAAUCAGAUCAACGGCACUGUCUUCAAUGAAAUCGAUGACGAGAAGAUUCUAGAGGAUUUGAAUGUGGAUGAGUUUGAGGAAAUGUUCAAGACCAAAGCCCAGGGCCCUGCCGUCGACAUGACGAUGCAAAAGCAGAAAGCUCCUCCGAAGGGCCCCAACAAAGUUUCACUGCUGGAGGCCAACAGAGCCAAAAACCUUGCCAUCACGCUCCGCAAGGCAGGGAAGAGCCCAGAAGAGAUCUGCAAAGCAAUCCAGACGUUUGACCUGCGUACAGUGCCCGUGGAUUUUGUGGAAUGUUUGAUGCGGUUUAUGCCCACUGAAAGUGAGGUGAAGGUGCUCCGCCAGUAUGAGCGGGAGCGACGGCCAAUGGAUGGGGUCACUGAUGAGGACCGAUUCAUGAUGCUCUUCAGCAAGAUAGAAAGGCUGCCACAGCGGAUGACCAUCAUGGCAUUCAUGGGCAACUUUAGCGAUAGCGUGCAGAUGCUCACACCGCAACUGCACGCUAUGAUAGCAGCAUCUGUAUCCAUUAAGUCAUCACAGAAGUUAAAGAAAAUCCUUGAGAUCAUUUUGGCCCUGGGCAACUACAUGAACAGUAGCAAGAGAGGAGCUGUUUAUGGCUUCAAACUUCAGAGCUUGGAUUUGCUAUUGGAAACCAAGUCCACAGACAGGAAGCAGACACUUUUGCACUACAUAGCCAAUGUGGUGAAGGAGAAAUAUCCUGUUGUAAGCGUUUUUUACAAUGAGCUGCACUACAUUGAGAAAGCUGCUGCAGUCUCACUGGAGAAUGUUCUCCUGGAUGUGAAGGAGCUACAGAGAGGUAUGGAUCUGACCAGAAGAGAGUACAGCAUGCACGGCCACAACUCCCUGCUCAAAGACUUCAUCCAUCACAAUGAGGCCAGACUGAAGAAGCUCCUGGAUGAUGCUAGGAUUGCACAGGAUGCCUUUGACGAUGUUAUUAAAUUCUUCGGGGAGAGCCCCAAGACCAUGCCACCCUCUGUGUUCUUCCCUGUGUUUGUUCGCUUCAUCAAGUCCUAUAGGCAAGCGGAUGAAGAGAACGAGCAGAAGAAGAGGCAAGAGCAGCUGAUGAUGGAGAAACUUCUGGAACAGGAGGCCAUGAUGGAGGAGCAAGAAAAUCAACAGUCACCAUCUCACAAGGGCAAGCGGCAGCAGCAGGGACUGAUUGCGGAGUUAAGGAAGAGGCAAGGCAAAGAUAGCCGCCACGUCUACGAAGGCAAAGAUGGAGCCAUUGAGGACAUCAUUACGGUGCUGAAGACCGUCCCCUUUACCGCACGAUCAGCCAAACGUGGCUCACGGUUCUUCUGUGACCCCGCCCUCUCCGAGGACUUCCAUUAUUAAACUAAAUUCUGUCCCCUCAGAAAGACCUGCGCAGUCAACCUUUCCGACGGGCCGAUGCCCUGAGGAGGAGUGGGAGAAGGAACUUGGAGGUACAGCACCUUCUGCUACACAACAUGGAGAUCACCACCUGCUAGCCAAGUUUGUUCAGCUUUUGAGGACAGAAGGUGGGCCAGUGACACUACUGAAAAAAAAGAACAAAAAAGCACACUUAGAUCAAUGGAAGGAUGGAUAAAUGUGACACUGAUUUUGUGGCAUCUUGAUUUAAUGGACCGUUUUAAAGAACGUAAGAUAAAGAGAACAUUACGUCUAGCGUGGUGGAUGCAGUAUGUUGACUUGGUCAAAUAUUGUGGAUCCUACAAAUGGACAUUGUGAAGAAAGAUUGUGGUCUUUUAUGAUUUACUAUAUUCAGCAUUGAGACAUUGUGUGUCAUGCACAAGACAGAGCAGAAAUGCCAAAGGAAGUCCUUGGAUUGGCCCACUUUUCAUUUUCAUUGUCAUUUUACCUCUGGUUCUAAAACUCCAAGCUGAGUAGCUUUUUCUGAGGGGAAGAUUUACAAGAUGCACUUUUAUUUUUAUUUUUAACUUUGAAUCAUCUUAAAAAUGAACUUUCGAUUUAAAAAAAAAAAAACAUGGAUGAAAUGCGAGAGGUAGAUUAAUCUUAAACUGGACUUGAUACUGUAAUGCUGUUGAGGAUUACUCUUCUUUGCGACUGAAACAUCCCAUGAAAUGUUGAAAAUGUUUACUACCAAGCAUUCACAACCAGUUUGACAUUGUAUGUACAGUACAUCUCAUUUUAAUCACAGACUUGCUCUCCUACUUUUUUUUUUUUUAAUCUCAUGUGACAUUUGUGUGCUGUGGAAAAGUGUUUUUUUUUUUUUUAAACGAAGACAUUUCAUUGGACAAAAAAAGUCUUUUUUUUAAAUGUACAGAUAUUUUGCUACAAAAUCGAGCCUGUUAUUUUUUACAUUGUUCAUCCAUUGUGGUGCUGUACAUAUUGUUGAAACAAACCAACUUGUCCUGCAAUAUCACUGGAAUGUUAUGAGCUUUUAUGUUGUUUAGUAUGACAGUAUUAUUUAAUCUGAUGGUGAAGACCGUGAAUCAACUUACUCUGUGACCUAAAUUGCUCUCUCCUCACUAUUGUUGCAUAUGGUAAAUAUCUGUGGUUGCACGUAACACUUGAAAGCUUGAACAGACACUAGUGGCACAUAUAACUUUUUUUCUACUUUGAACUCUUUAACUGGAAUCAGUGGUUGUGUGCAAAUAAAUCAAUGACACCAGCA